UUUGGACUUCAGUCCUGCUGAUCUAAUAAAACAUCACCAUCAUAACASAGAAAGUAAAAGGAUCUUUGGUCCCUGCCACUUGCAAUUGCUGACCAUCCAGGAGGAAUUAAACAACAAAAAGUCAGAACUGGAACAAGCAAAGGAAGAGCAGUCCCACACACAAGCUUUACUAAAAGUCCUCCAGGAGCAAUUAAAAGGUACCAAGGAAUUGGUGGAGACCAAUGGCCAUAGCCAUGAGGAUGCAAAUGAAAUCAAUGUGUUGACAGUUGCAUUAGUCAACCAAGAUCGAGAGAACAAUAUUGAGAAAAGAAGCCAAGGCUUAAAAUCAGAGAAAGAAGCUCUUCUAAUAGGCAUCAUAUCAACAUUUCUUCACGUCCAUCCUUUUGGAGCCAAUAUAGAAUAUCUUUGGUCAUACAUGCAGCAGCUGGACUCCAAGAUAUCCGCCAAYGAAAUCGAAAUGCUUUUGAUGAGGCUGCCACGCAUGUUCAAGCAGGAAUUCACGGGCGUGGGAGCAACACUGGAAAAGAGAUGGAAGUUGUGUGCCUUUGAAGGAAUUAAAACUACCUAACUGUGAAGAGCAGGRAAUCUCGGGAAUUGAAACCCACUGAACGCGGCCAGGGCUGUGCAGCGUGAGAGCCAGAGGGCCAGGCUGUCCAGCACCGGACCUGUGCCGAGCCAGCAAAGCCUGACUUGAGUUCCAUCUGUGGCGUUCUCUUGUGAGUGGAAAUGUAAUCGUGUACCAGUUCCUUAAACUAAACAAAGCUUCAUACUGUGACAGAUCUGUUUCCUCUGAAAACCAAACAAUGAUUCCACAAUCAUAAUGAUGGCAAAAUCUUAAAAUAGGCUACAUUUGAGAAUAGCUCACCAAGCAAAAUAUUUAAAGUUAAUGAUGGUGUAGCGAUGGUGGUUGCUAGGCUACAGAGUUGUGUAUGUAAUGUAUAGCUGAAAUCAUUAAAUGACAUUUUCCUGAAAGUCAAUCUUCCUGUUUUAGUUUAAAAAAAAAAAACAAAAAAAAAACAAGAAAAAAGUAAUUUUGCAGUGAGAAAAAAAACCAUACCAAAAGAAAACUUGAAUAUGUGUUUGAACAGUUAUUGUAUUUUAUAAAUUAAGUUAUAUGCUAUUCCAGGGACUUUUGCCUUAUUGAAGAGGCAGAAACGAUGAUUGGACUCCUUGAGAAUGCUUUAUCAAGAAUAUUAUUUUUCUAAUGUAACAAUUCUCCAUCAUAAGUUCUUUUAACAUGGGCUGCUUAACAAUUUUCAUAAAAUGUAAAUAAAGGGAAAACUAGUGCUACUGUCUUGUACUUGGUAUGUAACAUUCAGGUUUAUGCAUCAAAAUAAACAUUCAGUAAAUAUUCCUGUUACAAAUUUUAUAGCAAAGAUAUUAAUUUUUUUCAAUAAAUAUGACUUCUACC